AUGUCUGGCUUUUUGACUGAUGCUGACCUAGAACAUAUUAUGAAUUUACCCGAUAAUGAGUUCAAUGCAUCCAUUGAUGUCCCUGAUGGGGAUAUAUCAGAUGUUGGAGACGAAGAUAAAGAUGAAACUGUCGAAACUGAUGAAAGUUCUCAAGCUAUUUCCGAAGCAGCUGUCACGAAUUUCAUUCAGAUGGUGGAAAAGGAGGAUGGAACUGAAAUUUCGGCAAUUAGAGAGGAGCAAGAGAUAGAAUAUGAAUUUCCAAAGGUAGGGAUCACUAACAGAAAAUACAACAAGGAGCACCAUCUACACGUGAGCAGCAGCAGCAGCAGCCAAGUAAAACAUAGAUGUAAGCGUGGUGAUUAUAAAUUUAGAAAAUGUGAUUUUGUGGUACAAGACACAGAAUGGAAAGGAUCACUUCCACCACCACUCAUUGCUGAGCAGUCCAAUAUCUAUGCUUUGCAGAAAGAUUCAGUUUCUUUGCAGACGAGCAAAAAUGAAAUGGAGCAGUUUGUUGGUAUUUUACUGCACAUGGCCAUAAUCAAAAUGCCUUCCAUUCAUUUAUACUGGUUGAAUGAGUGUAGGUAUUCACCAAUAGCUGAUGUGAUGAGCAGAACUCGCUUCUUCCAGCUACUGUUGUAUUUUCAUGUUGUCAAUAAUCAAGACUUGCCUGAAGCUAAUAGUAAUCGUGACAAACUCUUCAAGAUUCGCCCACUUUUAUCUGCAUUGCAGUCAUCAUUGAAGACACUCCCUCCAGAACAAUACCAAGCUGUUGAUGAACAGAUAAUACCAUUCAAGAGUAGAAGCAGUUUGAAACAGUUCGUAAGAAAUAAGCCUCAAAAGUGGGACUACAAAUCUUUUACAAGAGCUGGUGCUUCAGGCAUGAUGUAUGAUUUUGAAAUUUAUGUUGGCAAAAACACCUGCAGUGAUAGAGGAUUAGGUUUGUCUGGGAAUAUUGUUUUGGCAUUGGCGGAAACAUUGCCAGAGAAACAGCAUUUCAAAGUGUUUGCUGAUAGAUGGUUUUCGUCUAUACCAUUAGCAAUUGCCCUGAAAGAAAGGGGCAUUGAAUUGUGUGGCACUAUCAGGACAGACAGGAUGGGAAAAUGUCCCUUGAAAACUGAAGUGGAGCUCAAGAAAACUGGACGUGGCUCCUGUGACUGGAGACAACAAACAACGUAUCUUUAG